AUGGCUCAUCGAGGCUUCGACGAUGAGGAGUUGACCAUUUCGCUCUCGUCGACCCAUGUUCGACGGCAGCAACAACCGCAGCAACCGCAGCAACCCCGCCAUCGACACGAUGCCGACCGACCGCCCAAGCCGGUGUCCCAGACCGUCGGCGCUCCCCCCAAGGAAAAGUCAAAAACGGAGCAGCGCAUCGGUGCCUACAAGGUUAUUCGCACUCUUGGCGAAGGCUCGUUUGGUAAGGUCAGACUAGCCACCCAUAUCGGCACCGGCCAGCAGGUCGCUCUCAAAAUUAUCGCCCGCAAGAAGCUCAUCAGCCGUGACAUGGUCGGCCGGGUUGAGCGAGAAAUUGAGUACCUGCAGCUACUACGACACCCGCAUAUCAUCAAGUUAUACACCGUCAUCAAAACGCAGACCGAAAUUAUCAUGGUCCUCGAAUACGCUGGCGGUGAAUUGUUCGACUACAUUGUACAAAACGGCCGAAUGAAGGAAGCCGAAGCCCGCCGCUUCUUUCAACAAAUGCUCUGUGCUGUUGAGUACUGUCAUCGCCACAAGAUUGUCCACCGCGACCUCAAGCCCGAGAACCUGCUGCUCGAUGAUAACCUCAACGUCAAGAUUGCCGAUUUCGGUCUAAGCAACAUUAUGACAGAUGGCAACUUCUUAAAGACGUCUUGUGGUAGCCCCAACUAUGCCGCCCCCGAGGUCAUUGGCGGCAAGCUGUACGCUGGCCCCGAAGUUGACGUUUGGAGCUGCGGAGUCAUUCUCUAUGUCCUACUCGUUGGGCGCUUGCCCUUUGACGAUGAGCACAUUCCCAGUCUCUUUGCCAAGAUUGCAAGGGGAACAUAUAGUAUGCCUCAGUGGAUGCCUAGCGGCGCUGCAAACCUUAUCAAGAGAAUGCUCGUCGUGAACCCUGUUCAACGUGCCACCAUCGAGGAUAUCCGCCAGGACCCAUGGUUCACGACCGAUCUCCCCCCUUACCUACAGCCUCCUGUCGAGGAGUUUCUCAACACCGGUGUGGAUCCUAAUAAAGCGAUCGAGAAGAGCGACAUCGCCCCCAAUGCUUCUGUCAAGGUACAAGAGCGCCUGCACAACGAGGUUACCGACAAGAUCAGCAAAACCAUGGGCUACGGCAAGACUGAUGUCGAAGAGGCACUCCAGUCCGAGGAACCCUCUGCCAUCAAGGAUGCGUACAUGAUUGUGCGAGAAAACAAAAUGAUGCAAGUCAACCAGCUGGUUGAAGCGGCUACCACUGAGACUGAAGAAGGGAGCCCUGUCAUGAGUAUGUCCUCGGUACGAUCGGGAGUCCCGCAACCACCGCGCCCAUAUGUUAGCAAGGUUGGUAUCCUGCCCUCAAGUAUCGGCACAUAUCACAAGGACUACAUUGAGCGGGCCAAGUCGGGCGUAGAAGGCACAGAGCUCGCUGAGACGGCCAUUAAUGAUGAGCCGCCGUCGGCCCGUACUGAUGCUGAAAAGGAAGAGGCUGCUCGACGUCUCAAGCCUCACUCGCGCUCACAAAAGCAGCUGGAAGAAGGCACCAAAAGACCACAAGGCAUGACGCCAAUCAACCCACCGAAGAAGAACAAGCCUGUUCGCUGGCAAUUUGGUAUUCGGUCACGCAACGCUCCAUGGGAGGCUCUUCUGUGCAUCCACAAGGCACUGUACAAACUCGGCGCUGGAUACAUCCCGGACGAAGACUAUGCAAGAUUGCGGCAACAAGAAGGAGACACGCCAGGUGUGGAGGAGCAAGCAGAUCCUUUGGACGGGCAGGACCCUACCCAACGCUACAAACUUCCGGCCGACCCCUGGCACAUUCGCGUGCGUUGGGAGACGAAGAUUAUGCGCAGCACCAACACCAGCACACCAACCGAGGGCGAAGGUGGCGACGAGACCAAGAUGCCCGACACAUACCAAGUGCUGGAGGGCAAGGCCGCGCAGAAGCGGGACUUUGUCGCGCUGCACCUGGGCAUCCAGAUUUACGAAAUGGAGCAAGGCGUGUAUCUGGUGGAUUUUAAGUGCUCGGGGUAUGAGACUGCUGAUGGGAAGCUGCUGGAAGAGAAGGAGGUGAUGAGCCCGUUUCCGUUCCUGGACAUGGCGGCGCGUCUCAUCAUGCAGCUUGCUGAAGCUGACUGA